UUAACCAGGAUUCUUCACUUUACCGUGUGCUCGUGGUGCUCAUCUGCGGCUGUUUCAAACAUGGAGGAGAGAGAAAGAAAAAGUGCAAAGUCUGACAUUAAAGAAACGGUCGCUUCAGGCUGUUCACGAGCGCCACCAGUACCGGAGCACGAAGCGGCGGCGGGCAGCAAAGCCGGGGACGAUGACGCAGACAAAACAGACGUCUGCUCUGAUAACUUUGACCCGCUCUUGGCCUUGUACUCACCGUCGGUACCGCUUCCUUUCCCAAAUAUCAAGGGCUUCAACAAUGUGGCGGCGUACGAGAGUUUCAUGAAGGGCGGCCGGGGCAGAGCCAAACCGGAGAACGUGGAGAAAAGACGACGGAAGGCGAUGAAAGGGGUGGCGGACCCGGAACGCAUCGAAAGGCUGAAGAAGCUUAUUGUGAACAACCCGGUGUCCGAGAAGGGGGAGAGCAGCAGCGGCACUGCGCGGAGAAAGAGGCAGAAGCCCCAGAAAAACGUCCUGACGAGGAUGCCCCUGUGCACAGGCAGUCCGUUGGGCGAGCUGUACAGAUGUGUCCAGGAGAGGAUAAGAGUCAAAGUUCACAUCAGGACCUUCAAGGGACUGAGGGGAGUGUGCUCCGGCUUCGUCGUGGCCUUCGACAAGUUCUGGAACAUGGCAAUGGUAGAUGUCGAUGAGACGUACAGAGAGCCUCUGCUCGGAGAGGCGUUCUACCACGAAAAGGCCCUCACCAUUUCACGGCUCUUUGAGAAGCUGAAGCUCCAGGAGAACCCAGGAGGUGAUGAGCCAGCAGAAGCACAGGAAACAGCCGGCGAGCAUCGGCGGCCGGCGAACCCCAAAAGUGCCCCGAAAAACCAGCCCGCUCACCCGACCGGCGAGAGAGGGGACGGCGGGAUGGACUCCAAGCUGUCCGACGCUGUUGGAGUCAAACGGGACAAACGCAGAGUCUCGCUGAAGGCCCAGGGCCCCGAGGCGUGUCCGAGGAGAGACUCCCAGACGUACGGCAGGGUCCACACGCGCCACAUCAACCAGCUCUUCAUCCGGGGGGAGAACGUGCUCCUGGUUAACCCACAGCCACUCUGAGUACUGUCCUCGGUCUGAUAACAGAAAGCUGGCCUACAAACAAUUAAGUGAAACAUCUGAAAUGAACUGCCAGAGAUUACAUUUCAUUAGAUUCAGGGGAAUCAAAGGAGGACUGUUAUAUCAUAUUGAUAUGGAGGUUAUUCUCUGCCCACCAGAGAAAGGAUCUUGAUUUUUUUUUUUUUUUUAAGGAAUAAAAGCUUCUCACUUCGAAUUAGUAAUUUCUUGUCUUGUUUUGUUGUCUUGACAGCCACUCAAUUUAUUUUGACACAAUAACUGCGCGUGUGUUAUGGUUAUUACCCAGCAGGUGGCAGCAUAAACGCAUUAGUGCCAUCUGCGGGGCCAUUGUCAUCUCAGAGAGCUUGUCCCUUUAUGUUGCUUUUCCCCGUUAGUUUGAGCAGGAAUGACAGCGCAGUCUCAGCGGACUUCAUAAAUGCAUUAUGAAUAAUUGAGUUUGUGAAGCUCGAGAUUGCAGAUGGCACUCAAAAGCUGUCAUUUGUCUUGACGUCUCAGAUUGCUUUUACUCUUUAAUGGGCACAUUACCCAUAAAAGCACAAUUUACUGCAUCUCAUGGAAGUUGUAAAGAUGCUGCUUCCUUUUUUUUUUCUUUCCUGUUUGAAACCGGCAGAGGUUACUUUUGGAUGAUGAGCGGCACAGAAUGACUUCAUGUUGCGAUGUUUGUGGGUCUGAAUGUCUUAUUUUAGUUUUUCUUAAUUUGACUGCAGAGUUUAAUUGACCCUCUUUCUAUAUAUUUUCAUGCCAUAAAUGGGACACAUUCUAGCAGUAGCUGUUCAUAUAUAGUUACUUUUCACAUAUAUAUUAUUAGUGUAGCCCAUUUAACAGGCCUCUCCAGAGAGUGGAAAAUGGGGUCAAUUGUUUAAUGCAAGCUGUGUUUUAGUCGUGUUUGUCACACCAGUGUGUUCCAACAAACCUCGGUACACUACGAGAAGGGCACAGCACUGGUGGUGAAGAGACGCGCCGCAAUUAGACUACACAACCUUCCUCCUGAGUGUGUCAGAGUAAUCAGGGCAAACUGUACAUUUCAUCAGCUGAAUGAUAUUAAAGGACAAAGUAACAUUUCUUUACGUUAAACUUUAUUAACUGCACCGGUCUCAAUGAGCCUUAUUCCAGUGAACGUGUUGGCGGCUCCAUCCCAUAAUGUCUUAGUGUGAUCUACUUUCUGCUCCUGCAUGUUCACUUUGCAGUGGCACCCUAUGGAUUUGGUAUC